AUGGAAACCCACCACAAGCCUAGCUCCUUCGCCGGCCCAGCCUCCGUCUCCCACUCCGCCGCUCGCCCAACCGGCAGCACCAGAAGACAGCCCAGUGCCACCGACAGUUCCCCGACGCCAGCCUCCCCCCACCACGUCCGUACCGGCACCAACCUUCUCUCUGAGCACGGCCACUCGUAUGGCCUAGACGCUUUGCACCGCAUCGCUCCCAUGGCAGUUCAUUCAGGUGCUUCAGUUGCGAGCUUUUUCAACGGCCUCUUUCAGACUAUUCUGGCAAUCGGCACUCUGGGUGCUUCCAUAACCUUCAACUACGUACUGUCCAAUGCUGCACCCGCAGACUCCAACGAUAGCAACGUACUCGAUACUCCUAAUAACACCGGAAAUGGAGAACCGCGCUUCUCUGCUCCCACUGUUCAGCUCUUCCUCUCCAUCUCCUGGCUGUUAUUCUUGCUAGGACUGGCAUUUGCUAGCCUGGGACAAACACUGCUUACUUUUUUUCGCAAGCACUGGGAGCGGGAUUGGGACGGCGUCCACGGGCGUACCAGUCAGGUCACAGUACAGUGGUACGCGGUACUGGCAGCGGUUCUGAUGGGAAGCCUGGUGAUUGGGGCUUUCGCUCUGCUUUGUCUGGUGGUGGUGGCGUAUAGCCCUGUCGUAGGAUGGAUUGCGCUGGGAUUCACGGGCUUCUUUGGCGCGAUCAUUGUUGUGGCCGUUGUCAAUCAGGUGCCGUGGCCUUGCAAAUGGAAACGCACAAAGGCGUGGACCCCCAACGAUGAUGUGGUGAAGGGACACCAGGGAAGAAGUGGGACCGUUUAG